UAGCAGAUGAAGAUGCGAUUCAACGUAACGGCUGGUUACGUCUUGCGUCUCUGUACCUUCUGCCUGCCUGAACUCCUCUAGACUUGUGGAUGCUUGUGGCCUGAUGCAGCAACAAGAACAGCGGUGCGAUUUGUGCGGACGGCCGUCAGCUCGGAUUGCUCAUAUCUUGCAUCAUGGAGGCCUAAGAACUCGCACAGCACCUCGGAAGCUUCAGUUGUGGGUGGCCAGCUGUGGAUAGCACAUUGGAACUGAUCUUGUGACCACUCGCAAUAUUUCGUCAACCAAGGCAAGCAGGCUCAUAUGAGAUGCCUGGAAUUCGCUAUUUUCGGUGCCCAAGAUGCAGCUGCUCUGCAGUUUAAUUGAAGUCACUCUUCCGUCACCUUCACAUAGCUCAUGGACAUGAAAGCAACUGGGUCUGUGGCUUGGCUGGAUGCAUGCAAAACUUCAGACUGUUUACUUCAUACAAGAAGCAUGUGUACAGAAGACACACUGACAUAUUGAAGAGGCCAGUUCCCAGCGUGAAUGCGCCUUCAAACACUGCAGACACCACUGGAAGUGCUGCUGAAACUGGUUCAGAUACUCUUGACGUCUUAGGAGCACUUGGAGAAACAGAAUGCAGUGAGCUGUCCAUAUCCGGUGAUUCAGACUAUGUGAAGCAGCUUGCAACAUUGUUUUUGAAGUGGAAGGAGGGGCAAUGACUUCCAGAAUCGACAUUGCAUGAAAUAGCUAAUGAUGUAAUAUUCUUUGUAAAAGCUCUUUUGGAAGACGACCGACUCCAAUCUAGUGUAGAGGUGGCCAGAAUCGUGAAAGAGGUCCUACAUACAGAUAGUAUGAACUAUCUGCUGACAACUGCAGGUCGGUCUUCGUACUGGAAAAUGCACUUUCCAUUUUUACUAAACCACAAACAGUUAUUCUUGGGGUAGCCAGCAAUGGGAAAACUGAAACAAUGGAAUAUGUACCUCUGUGUGAUGUGCUCAAAUCUGUCCUUGAGAAUGUGACAUUAUCAGGGAACUUUGAUCACCCAGUUAAAUUGGAAAAUUACAUGUGCUCAGUGUUUGAUGGAAGCGCAUUUUCUGACUACACAUACUUUGCUGGUGACACCAGCAAGAUUUGUUUGCAACUUUACAGCGAUGAGUUCGAGGUAUGCAAUCCUAUCGGUAGCAAACGAGGCACACACAAGUUGACUGCAGUUUAUUUCUCAGUGCUGAAUUUGUGUGCGAAGCUCCGCUCACAGUUGACAGGAAUUAACUUGGCACUUCUAGUAAGAGACAAACAUGUGAGCACGUAUGGGUUACCUAAGAUACUUGCACCUUUGCUUGAAGAUGUGAGCAGAUUAGAAAAUGAAGGCAUAGUUGUGAAUGGGAAAGUGCUGAAAGGGUCAGUAUUUGUGUUCACUGGUGACAAUCUCUCUACCCAUAGAAUGGGAGGGUUUAAAUGCAGUUUUUCUCAUGGCAGAAUUUGCAGAUAUUGCAUGGCACUGCAAACCGAGAUUAAUUACAAGCAUCUAGAGACUGACUAUGUUUCACGUUCGCCAGAAGGACAUCGUCAUCAUUUGUCAAUGCUAAGUGCUGGAUUGCCCACCACAUCACUGUAUGGAGUUCGGAGCCCCUGUGCUCUUCAGUGUCAAGGUUUUGACCCAACUCAGCACUUUCCACCAGAUAUUAUGCAUGAUAUGCAUGAAGGUGUGCUACCAUUUUCACUCAGGCACAUAAUUCGUUAUUUAAUUUCAAAAGGAUUUUUUUCUCUUCAGUUCCUGAACAGUUGCAUUUCCAGAUGGAAGUAUGAUCCAAGUGAUGUUCGAAAUAAGCCAGAAGCUAUUUCUAACACAUUUCUCCAAGCAAAGGCGCCAUUCAAAGGGUCAGCUACGCAGUGUUUUUGUCUGUUCCGCCAUCUUGCCCUGUUCGUAGGAGAGUGCGUACCAUCAGAAGAUGAAGUCUGGCAAUUUUACUUGCUUCUUCGUGAUAUCACGGAUAUCAUCAUGUGCCAGAAGCUUCCAGUCUCAUAUAUAGCUUACUUGCAAAGAAAAAUUCAGCUUUUUUUGCUAGACUUCAGCAGGUUGUUUCCUUCUGUGUCUUUUCCAUGCAAGAUGCACUACCUCAUACACUAUCCCUCAAUAAUGCAAAAGUUUGGCCCUUUAAUUUUACUUUGGGCGAUGCGCUUUGAGGCUAAACACCAGUAUUUCAAGGAUAUUGCUCGUAAAAUCCACAACUUCAAGAACCUUUGUCACACUCUGGCCAUGCGACAUCAGUUCUUUCAGUGUUUUUCCAUUAUUAAUGGGGAGGACAGGGGCAUUUCGGUCAGUGCUGGUUGUUGCCAGGUGCUGCAUGAGCACCUAUCUGACAUUGCCAAAGAGUGCAUCAUUCAACACAACUUGAACGCUGCGUGUAUAUUUUCUGCAAACUCUGUUACAACAAAUGGUAGGACAUACAGAGUAGGGUGUGCCAUUGUCAGCAGUGUCCAUGAUGAUUCCCAUCCACAGUUUUUGCAAAUAUGCGAGAUACUUUUUGUAAGCAAGAUUCUUGUAGUUGUGGAAACGGUAUUUCGUACCAUUUGCUUUGAUGAGCAUUUUCAUGUAUACGUUGUACAGACUACAGAUGACCACCAGAUUCUGUGGUCAUUUCCAGAGUCUGAUAUAGAACCUGUAUACUUGAGAGAGCACAGAGGUCGAACAAUUGUAGGUGCUCAUUCAGGAUUGUUCUAGCCGAGCUUUGGUGCACCAAGCUUGGUCAGUGUACACUUAAAUUUUUCAACUUUAUAUCAUUAGUAAAAACUAGCAGGAGUAGCAUGCCAGUAGCUUAGUGAUUAUUCUUCUGCGUCAUUGGAGGCUAAGCUAUGGUUAACUGUGUUUUGUAAUGCUGCGAGUUUUGGUGCUGUUUGUUUCUGUUCUCUUGCUCACUACUUUAUUUGCAGAGUUAUGUGAUGAUAUUAAAAAAAAUGCUUAUUAAUGUCAUGGUUAUUCCGCAUUCUUGUUUGCAUGUCUUCUAAUUGUUGCCACUACAAUGAUACAUUUUCAAAGUUCUAAGUGCAUACAUUUCAAAGUGUCACCACUGUAAAGAUGCCGCGUCCUUACAGUGGUGACAUUCUGACUUUUACUAUAUAUUUGUAAUUUUCUCACUUACAAAGCCGUUCGACAUGAAUGACAAAUUCAUUAAUACAGAAGCUGGGAACUCUAAUAACAAUGUAUUUUCUUGUGCAUCGAGUUUACCUUGUCUCACCUACUGGUAUUAGCCUGUGUUGUUUGUACGUACAAGUGUCUCACUGCCGUGUUAUUUAUUAGACUAUCUUGAGCCCACAUGUCCAUCCCACCAGCUAUUGUGAUGGAAUGGGGCAUGUCGAGCUAUGCAGAGUGCAUUUGUAUGAGCACAUGCAUAUUGUACAGGCUUGAUGAUCAUAAUAUAAAAUUUACUGGUUGUGAGCAAACGAAGUCUUUGCCAGAGGAGGGCUGCCACCUUAUUCCAUGAGCUAGUGGGCCUCGGCUGCCUUCAGAGCUCUGUCCGUCAGUGCUAUAGCUGAUUCUUGGGGUUCAAGCUGGACAGCUUGGUCUCCCAUUGCUCCUUGGUUGUGUGCAUUGGAGGUGUGCUGUCCAAGACCUCGGCAACCCACGCCUUGUGGCAUCAGUGUGUGUGAGGGACACAAGCUUAACAUUUUAAUAAAAUCA